UUUCCUGAUUUCCUUAAGGGACUCGCUGUGAGAAAUUUGAGUCAUUCAAGAAGGAAGUGCAGCAGUGUGCGGGUUGUUUAGAUCUGUAAGUACCAUAUGAAACGCGCCCUGGACAGACACAUGGAGUAAACAACAUUUGAGCUUUUCAACAGAGAAGAUGGAGAGCGAGGGAAACUCCAGGAAUCCACCUCUACCGGAUGUGCACAUAACUCCUGCAGAUGAGUGUGUCAGCUCUGAGGAGACCCCAAAACAGAGUUUGAGUCAUUCAGAUGAGGCUCAGGAUAAGAAAGACACUCAGAUCAAUGCUGCUGAGAGUGAUGGGACCUCUGCCACCCUCAGAGGAACACCCACUCCUCCCAACACUAAACUAUGUGGCUACCUCAACAAGCAAGGUGGACCUCUCAGAGCCUGGAAGUCCCGCUGGUUUGUCUAUGAGGAAAAGAGCUGUCAGCUGUUUUACUACCGCAUGGCACAGGAUAUCAAUCCCCUGGGCAAGGUGGAUCUGUCUCGUGCCACAUUCAGUUACCCGCUGCAGGGAGAGGAGGGAACCUUUCAUAUACAGACACCAGAGCGCACCGUCAUUCUUAAGGCACAUAACAAGGAUGCCCGAAUGUACUGGUUGCAGCAGCUGCAGUUGAAACGUACGUUAUACAGGGAGCAGCAUGCUGAACUUCAGUCCAUACCCAGACCAGACAACCACAAAUUAGAAAGCACUCCAUCAGCAAACAACUGCCGUGCUGACUUCUUGCCCAUGGUGAAGACGCCUUCUGGUCUGGUGGGUGAAGAAGCUGCCAGUCUGCCUGCACCAGGAUUAAACAACCCGCUCAAUAUGUCAAUCAAACAUCCACUAAUUGAGCUCCAGAACACAAUAAACAGUUUCCGUAACCGGCACUCACAGGAAAUUAGACAAAGUGUUUUCCAUAUUGACGACCCAACAGACACCCAAAAAACACCCUCAUCUAAAACAUCCACUUUAGCAGCUCCCACACCCAGUUCAUCUCAAAGCCCAGAAUCCCCUGCUAGGUCUGAGAAAGAUCUCUCCACCAUUUUACCAGUCAGAAAGAAUAGCAAAGAAACUAAAGAGCUCAAGGACACAUCUCGACUUCAACAUGAAAAACUUUUCCUGGCAGAAGAGGUCAAAGCACAGAAGGAGUUGGUGUUGCUGUUGCAUAAGGUGCUGGAAGCCGCUCAGCUGGAGAAACGCACCUGUUCUCAGUUUCUAGCCGCGGAGGGGGAGCAGGAGAGAUUGGAGCUCCUCAGGCAUGGUGAGCGGCGUGCGGCCGAAUUGCGAGACCAUCUGGAGUCCCUGCAGCAAGAGAACGAGAACCUACGGAGGGAUCUGAAACAGAGGGAUGCACAAAUCGCUGCACUCCAGGAGAGUAUUCAGCUCCUGGUGCAAAAGAAUCAGACAAAACAGGAAGUGAUAGUGAAGCUGUCUGAGAAGUUAGCCGUCUGUGGGGAAGACCAGCAGAGCACCAGUGGUCUGCAGUCAGAGGCCUUAAAACAACUAACAGUCGAGAAUGAGAAUUUGAAAGAUGAUUUAAAGGCAUAUAAAACUCAGAACCAGUACCUAAACUCUGAGAUCUACCAUCUGACGACGCUUUGGAGAAAAAGUUCUGAACAGGAGCAAAGUCUGAUAGUAAAGUGUGCUGUUCUGGAGGCCAAUAGCUGUCAGAUGGAAAGCAGAUACUUGGGAAUCCUCCAGACACUCCAGGAUAGUAAAGAACUGAAUCCAGAACAGAGAGAAGCAGUCAAGAAGGUGGUUAAGGAUGCAGUUCGGGCAGACCUGAGCACUGCCGUCAAACUAAACUCAAUCAGGGAUUACGAUGAAUAUGGAUUUAAGAUUGCAAUGGACUAUAGAGUUGAGGACCUAAAGCUCCUUGCUAAGAUCCAGCCCUUUGAGAUCCGAUCCCAAAACCUCCUCAACCAGGAGGAAUGCGACGGGGCGUUUUUGGCUCGUUGCACUCAGCUCCUGUUCGGACGUCCUGAAGGAGAACUAUCUUCGUCCACAGAAUUGAAGAAUCUUCUCCGGACGGGUUUACCGCGCGAGUACCGUGCGAGGGUUUGGCGUUUUAUGAUACAGACUAGGACCAAGUCUCUUAAAGAGCGUCAUCCCGUCCGCUAUCAGGAACUGUGCGAGAAGAGCAGAACCUCACCUCACCUGGUGCCCAGACAGAUCCAGCUGGACCUGGAUCGCACGCUGACCUCCAAUCAAUUCUUCUCCCCUCCUUCAAGCCCCUUAAUUCAGAAGCUGGAGAGAGUUCUACAGGCAUUCUCAUGGCAAAACCCCACCAUCGGCUACGUGCAGGGAUUCAACAGAUUGGCGGCCAUUGCUCUGCUGGUACUACAGGAAGAGGAGGAUGCCUUCUGGUGCUUGGUAGUGAUCGUGGAGUACAUCAUGCCUCAAAAUUACUACACUAAAGACCUGGUUGGCUGUCAGGCCGAUCAGCGUGUACUAAAGGACCUCAUGUCUGAGAAGCUGCCUCGACUUACGGCUCAUCUGGAAGCGCUAAAAGUAGACAUUUCACUCAUAACUGUUGAAUGGUUCCUGGUGUUGUUUGUUGAGUGUCUGUCUACACGCAUACUGUUUAAAGUAUGGGACGCCUUUCUGUAUGAGGGCAUCAAGGUGAUAUUCCGAUACGCACUGGCUCUUUUCAAAUACAGAGAGGAAGCCAUCUUAAAGAUCAAUGACAGUUCUGAGAUGUACCAGUAUCUCCGCAUCUUCCCCAGCACCAUUGCAGAUGGAAGGAAGCUGACAAGCAUCGCCUUCAACGAUAUGAACCCACUGCCCAUGAAGCUGCUACAGAACCGACGCGCCGCGCAUCUGGAACGCCUCCACGCUGAGAUUAAAGAGCUGGAGAACUUACGGAAAGCAUACAAAGCUGAACACGUCCAGUGCAAAGACAAAGAACUGGACACCCUGGCUAGUGAAGAUGAAGAGGAGGUAUAAGACAUCAAACAUAAGCUCUUGAUGCUUAAUGAGCAACGCUAAAAACAAAGAACUCUAUUUAUUCACCCUCAUGUUGUUCCAAACACAAGUAUCAGUAAUUUUUCCAUUUAAAGGGAGUGAAUGCAGAGUGAAUUCUGGAUCGAUGGAUCCAAAAAUGACAACAAAGCACAAUAAAAUAAUCUGUGUAACUACAGUUGAGGUCAAAAGUUUACAUACACCUUGCAGAAUCGGUUAUUUUUUAUUUAGUUCUGACCUGAAUAAGAUAUUUCACAUAAAUGACGUAGUCCACAAGAGAAAAUACCUGAAUUUGUAAAAAGUAAAAACGACCCCAUUUAAGUUUACAUACUUUUGAUUCUUAAUACUGUGUUGUUACCUGAAUUAUCAACAGCUGUUUUUUUUGUAUUUUUGUUUAGUGAUAGUUGUUCAUGAGUCUCUUUUUUGUCUUGAACAUUUAAACUGUCCAC